AUGCCGCGAAAUGUUGAAAUCAAAGCCCGUAUCGAUGGUACUCUUGAUGAACUAAUCAGCCGUAUUCAACCGUUAGCGGACGGUCCUCCCCGUCACUUGAAUCAGAGUGAUACUUUUUUUGCCUGUCCAACUGGCGGUAGACUUAAACUACGAAUUGAACAAGAUUCUCCAGCUCAAUUGAUCUACUACGAACGAAAUGAUGUUGCAUCAUUAGCAGUUCCAAAACUUUCCGACUAUUCAAUCGCGCCUAUUUCUCAUCCAGAUGAAUUGAAAAAAGUUUUGUCAUUGGCAAUGGGUGGAAUUCGUGGUCAAAUUGAUAAAGACCGAACAGUACUCUUAACUGGCCAGGGACAAACACGAAUACAUCUUGAUCGGGUCAAAGGUCUUGAAUCAACAAUUUUCAUUGAACUCGAAGUUGUCCUACGUGACGAUCAAACAGCAGAACAAGGGCAACUGAUUGCCAAGGAUUUGUGUGAAAAAAUAGGCAUUGAAGAAAAAAAUCAUGUAAAAUGUGCUUAUGUUGACUUACUAUUAGAACAACAGAGUAAGCAGUAA